CCAUGACGGCGCACGUCUCGGCGGCCGGGGAACUUCUCCAGUUUCUCGAUCAGGUAAGCUGCCAAAGUCAUAUCGAUGAGCAUGAAGAAGAAAUCGAACAGCUUCGACAUCUGAUCCAAUUGCAAGGCGACGAUGCAUUUGCAUGGCCUCUCCACAAACAUUUCACGGACGAAGGAUUAUUGGCGGGCCCAGAGCUCGAUCGAGGAGAGCAAGCUGUUUUGACUCGUAUUCAAAGUGCUUGCAAAGAAUUGGACUAUUAUGUCUGCUUGGCAAAUAUCGAAAGGAUCACGGAAGUCAACAAAGAGAUCACGUACUCGAGAUACUGGCUUGACUUCGAUUACGAUGAGAGGCCAGAGGAGACUUAUAAGUGUACAGCCAAAACCUUUGUUGAUUCGGAGAAAUUCAGUUUAUUUGGCUCGGUCAAAUUGCCUUUUGACAAUCUUCUGGACGAGGAUUAUUUCAGCAACGAGGAUCCUGACCAUACCAAAGCUGAUGAUGACCAUGAUGAGCGAUUCAAGUAUACUUUCAACCGGACAGUGAGUGUUCUGAAAUCAUUCUGGUUCCACACUUUCUUCAUGCUGACGCAAUAUGGGCCAUCAUUGUCGUUCCUUUGCCUAGGAUGUCUUUCUUCCUCCAACACUGGGAUAUUGAAAACCAUGCAAGCAUUCUACGACGAUUCAAUGAGCAAGCAGUCCUUGUUGUACGAUGUCGAUGAUAGCUUAGGUAAAGAAAUAUUGUCAGUGUGCAAGGCUAUGGUCGCAAAGUACAUUGAGGAGCCUCGUCAUGCUCUCGGAGGUGUUGAGAACGAAACUGUUUUGGUAGCAAGUAUUUGUCGCUUAAAUGAGGAGGAUUUGUUCGAAUCUAUUCUUCCAUUGGUCUUUUCUUACGACGAGAAUUAUGCAACUGCAAAACGCAUGAUCCUUCGCCAUGAUCAUGAUCGGCUCCACAAGAUGUUGAACAGAUGGCUAGGCAAUAUUGCCAGCGCGAACUCGCGCCUACACAAAAUCGAUCAGGUCGCUCUGUUAUUGGCGGAUCAGGAUUAG